AUGCCAUCGGGGACCCGUUCGAAUAAGACCAAUAUUACAGCCUGUAUCCGGUGCCGACGGAAGAAGAAGCGAUGUGAUCAGAAGCUCCCUAGAUGCAGCCUGUGCGAACUUGCCGGGACAGAAUGUGUGAACUACGAUGCGCUGACAUCGCGGCAUGUGCCCAGAAGCUAUGUCCGCGACCUGGAAGAACGUAUAGCUCUUCUUGAGUCGAAGCUCCAGGAGCAUCAUAUCCAUGACACCGAUCAUGAGACGACUUCAAGAUCUCCUACUACGUCGGUGACUGUUCCGGCUUCUCAUCUGGCGGAUUCAUACCCCCCGAACCGGCCUCGUCAAAAUGUGGAAGCUCACCCACCCACGCCAAUGAAUAACACGCUCGACACGACACUGGCAAUGGCAUUGGCACAACACGGCCCUACCGAGGAGCCAGCACUCUCUGAUGUGCUGUUGACAGAGCUUAUGAGAACAAAAAUUACCCCACACGGAGCUGAAAGACCUGACCUCGAGCAAGGACUCCAGGAGAAAGCCCUUUCCCCCGAUGAAUUCGACACUUCCCCGAUCUCAAUGCCCACGAGAGAAGGCGCGCAGAACCUUUUCCGGGCUUACUUCAACUUUGCGAACCAGAGUUUACCCCUACUCCAUGAACCAACAUUGGUACAAAAGUUCGAGCUUCUCAGUAGCACCACACGGACGGUCGACUUGACUGAAGCCAGCACAGAUCAUAAAUUGGCAGUGUUUUUCGUGUUUGAAGUCUUCGCAGUAGCGUUGUUGUUACUGCAGAAGUAUGACCCAUGGAGGAUACCAACGUCGAUGGCGGAGCGAUAUCACAAGACGGCGCUCAAGGCCAUCAAUGAAGCCGGCCUACCGAGCGAUGUAAGGGGCGUUCAGGCUCUUCUGCUUAUUGCGCAGUACUCUUACCACCAUCCCAUAGAAUGGGCUACCUGGAAGACAGUGGGCACAGCCAUGCGCCUGGCAGUCGAACUUGGCCUCCACCAAGAACCUCCACCAUCACACAAGCUGGAUGAUUUGACGCUCGAAGAUAGGAGGAGAACCUUUUGGGUUGCGUAUUCGAUGGAUAUCAACAUCUCAAUAACUCUGGGUCUGCCAUCAUCUCUAUCUGACGGCGUCAUCAUGGCCAAGGUCUUCAGUCAAGAGAACGACGAGAACAUCACCUCAAACGGUAUUGUAGUGGCUGAUGAAUCGACACCUAAGCCGAAGCGUGUCGCUCUCCACCUGCUUCGGUACCGCCAACUGCAAUCCGAAAUGCGGGUAGUGCUGUAUGAGAAACCACCUGCACCUUUAGCAUACAUCCCGGUCGAUCUGAGUGUUUGGCAACAGCAAAUGUGCCACCGUCUACAGAGCUGGUACAACGACACGCCGCGACCGGAGACGCUAACCCACCGUGAACAUAAAAACCUGGAGAACUUCGAAGUCACCUACUAUGCCGCGCUCCUCUACCUAUACCAGCCCUCGCUCAACAUCCCUACUCCGUCUGAGCAGGGCUUACUGGCACUUGCAGAUGCCGCAAGCAACACAAUCCAGCUAUACCGCCGGUUCUUCACGAAGCACCAACUCACCAUAUAUUGGCUGGCAGUGGAAACCCUGUUCUCGGCAGGAACCGCCUUGAUGUAUGCGUACGUGAAGUCGCAUUCAGUCCAAGAGCGUAUCACAUUUCGCCAUCUCGAAUCGCUCGUGCGUACCUGCUCGUCUGUCCUGUGGGGGAUGGUCGAGCACUUCCCUAAUUUCCGAGGCAAACGUGACGCAUUUGACCUGGUCGUAUCCAGGACUCUGGCAGACCUAAGCAGCAGGUCUUCCGUCAAUGGGAGGAUGGCAACGACCUCGAUGCACGACAAGAACGCCGGACACAGUCACAUCGAGCACAACAGAAACCGAGCGGACCUUGACUGCACAGCCGCCGGGUGGCGACAUGGGCAGCGACCGCCAGAGUCCGAAACAGGCUCCGCAGAUGCAGCCCAGUUCUCUGACACUCCGACGCCCGACAAUGAUCGAUAUCACAACCAAUACCUCCAACUACUAUCGUUGACCGCCGGGGUUGAGUCCAGUGGAAGCAACACACCUCAGGCGCCCUUCUCUUUCGCCGAGCUUGACCAGAUAUCCUUCGAUUGGGGCGCUCUUGAGAAUACAGCUGACUUUCCUACCCCGUCCUGGCUCUGA